GUCGGUAGUCACUGCUGUGGUGUCUGGAGCCUCUUCUUCUCUCUGGUAUCAGCCACUUCUCUAGAAUCCCCCUUUAUCCCCGGCGCUGGGGACUCUUAGAAGCGGGGUCUCUCCAGGAGCAGUAAGUGCGGUUCUGGAUCUCAUUAAUGCUCUUGUCCCUGGAGGAUUUCCAGCCUCUCCUCUCCUCAUAAAGGCGCCUGCAGUACUAGAAGCCUCCAGCUCCUCCAGUUCUCUCCUCUUCUCCUGAAUCACCACCAAAGAUGGACAGGAAGGAGAUCAGCAGAAGAAUAUUAGACCUCACCUUGGAGAUCAUCUCCCUGCUGAGCGGAGAGGAUUACACCAUAGUGAAUAAGACAUCGGGAGGGACUCCCAUCAUCUAUGAGUCAGGAGGGUGGAGCAGGGCCCCAAUCACAGAGCCUCCCCCCCUGAUACAUGAGCAGAAGAUCCUAGAACUCACCCACAAGAUGAUUGAGCUGCUGACUGGAGAGGUUCCUAUAAGGUGUCAGGAUGUGGUGGUCUAUUUCUCCAUGGAGGAGUGGGAAUAUUUAGAAGGACACAAGGAUCUGUACAAGGAGGCCAUGAUGGAGGCUCACCGGCCUCUGACAUCACCAGAUGGGCUCGUAGAAAGAAAUACCCCCGAGAGAUGUCCCCGUCCUCUGUAUUCCCAGGACUGUCCAGAGGAGAAGCUCCCAGAGAACCAUCAGGAUGAAAAUCUUAUUGACAUUAAGGUUGAGGUUAUAGAAGAAGAAGCGGAGGAGAUGGAUUUAUGGGACGAUCAUCAGUGUAAGGAGCGGAGACAUCAUGUCUAUUUUGAGGGUCACAUAGAUACAAUUCCCAUCACCUUAUCAUCACAUGUAAUAAUCUCUCCUGUCCCUGUGUGUUUCCUACAGAUGGACUCAUAGAAGGAAAUCCCCCCGAGAGAUGUCCCCGUCCUCUGUAUUCCCAGGACUGUCCAGAGGAGAAGC